AUGAACGACCCUGGUCUAGAGGUCUCAAUUCAAGUCUCUGAAGAUACUAUUCAAAGAAGAGCCCCUCCCAAACGGCAGGUUCGCCGAAAAGAAGCACCACCUCAUCUUGACGAACUUGGAGAGCAUGGACGCGAUCCGCUUGAGGCAGCGACGCCGUCAGUAACGAAGAAACCCCAUAAGAUACAUCAUAGCCACCCGCGGCGUCGUCGUCAAAUCUACGAAGACGAAGAAGAGUCGAGCAUCUACCAACCCACGCACUGGUGGGUCGCGUCAACCACGUUCCCGCUAAUUGCGGGCACGUUCGGACCUAUUGCAAACCUAUUUUCUGUCUGCGCGCUGGCCCAGUCCUGGCGGAUACGAAUAUUGGACGGUAGCCGCGUUCCUGACCCUCCUUGGCUGAUAGCUUGCAACACAUGUUCAUUGGCUUUUGCAUUAAUAGCCAACAUUGUUCUUUUGUUCAACUUUGCCCGACGGAUACCGUAUUCGAGAGCACAACCUAUCACAAUUUCGUUGUGGUACCUCUCUUGCAUCCUCCUGAUCGUUCCUAUCGGCUUAACCCACGACUCCGACAUAUACAUUGAAGCCCCUUCCAUCAUGACGCAUUCUCAAGCAUAUUAUUACGGCCUGAUAUCUGGAAUUCUCUACUUCACAAUCUCGACUCUCCUCCUUCUUUCGACCAUCGGCGCGGUCAUAUUCAAGGCGUACCCUGCAUCUUUCUCAACUCUCACCCCAGCCCAACGCACGUUAAUGCUCCAAACUGUCUCUUUUUCUCUUUACCUGGCACUGGGAGCCGGCAUCAUCUUCUCGAGUAUAGAAGAUUGGGGAUUCGCAGACGGAGUUUACUGGGCCGACUACACCCUGCUCACCAUCGGUCUCGGAACCGACUUUCCGUUGACCACGACUCUCGGACGUAUGCUCUUGAUCCCAUAUGCAGCCUUCGGUAUAACCCUCGUUGGUCUGGUGGUCAGCAGUGUGCGAGGACUCAUGCUGGAGCGCGCGAAGGCUAAGGUGGCACGGAGGCAUCUCGGGAAGGAAAGAGAGAAGUGGAAGGAGAAUAUCAGAGAGCGUAGGCAGCUCGCGGACAUCGCAGCGUCGACUAUGGUGUCUACUCUUCCGCGCUCGGUGCUGCAAGACCAGAGAGAAAGGUUGCACAACAGACGGCUCAUGAAGCUUCCCCAGCAGCUCUCCAAACACGUUUCAGAGCCCUUGAAACCGGAGGAUCAAUACGGCCCCUGGCAUAGAGCUGAGUUCGAGCUCAUGAGGUUCAUCGAGGCUCAUGCAGAGAGUGCCGAACGAUAUAUCGCUCUAGGAGCGUCGUUUUUGGUGAUUCUAAUUGUCUGGUUUGUUGGUUCAGUUAUAUUCUGGGUCUGUGAGCAUAGAACGCAAGGUUGGACGUACCCCGAAUCGAUCUACUUCACCUACACCACCCUCCUCACAAUUGGAUACGGUGAUUUCUACCCCAAUUCGCCCGCAGGAAAGCCCUUCUUCGUCGUAUGGAGCUUGAUAUCAGUGCCUGCUAUGACGGUUCUGAUCUCGAAUAUGGGCGACACGGUCGUCAAAUGGGUGCAGGAUGCAACAUUGUGGGCUAGUCGAUGGACAAUCUUACCUGAAUGGACGGGGCCGAAGGGGCAGGAAAAGCGGAUGGAUAGAUCAAAGGCCCACAGGAUUGAUGGAAGAGGGAACCCCAGCCUCGACCAAGUACCCGAGAGCGCAGCUUCGACAGCCGUGGGUGACCCAACCGACAAGACCACCUCUCACAUGCACACGACAGAAACGCUACAGCGCUUUCCUCCCAAGAAACAUCGUAAACACCGCCAUGAACCCAACGACGCCAGACGUCCUAACAACAACAACAUGGACAUUCUCGAGCAUGACGUCGAGAAGCUCGGUGGAGCCGUCGCCCGUUUCGAAGAAGGCGAAGGCCGGAGUAGUAGUCUCGCCGCGCAGAUCUCGAGGGAGAUAUCUCACCUGGCGAAGGACCUCCGUGCGAAUCCGCCCAGGAAGUACUCUUGGGAAGAGUGGGAGCGUUGGCUCCAUAUGCUUGGGGAGCGAGAGGGUGCGGUGGGCAGGGUCGCGGAAGGAGAGAACGAGGAAGAACGGGAAAGGAGGGAACGGCUGUCACCUGUACCGAUUCUCAACUCGACUCCUAAUGAACGAUUGCCUUCGCCGACAACGGCGAACUCACAUGCGCCGACGUUGAUCCCACCGUCAGCAAACGGUGAUGCGUCUGUGGCCAAAGCCAAACAAAGCUCUGUUGUUCAAGCUGCAGACGAUGCUGAACAUGGGACGGAUUGGCAUUGGACUUGGCUUGGAGAUCACGGACCUCUGUUUAGUCGGUUGACGGAGACUGAGUGGUUGAUUGAGAAGUUCUGUUUUCGACUAGAGGAGGUGCUCGAAGAUGAAAUUAAGGAAGCUCGGAGAGGGAACAAGGCGAAGUCAUGA